AUGCCCCUCCACCUCCACGGCCGCUGCGUGUGCAACCGCCUCCGCUAUACCCUGCACCUCGCCUCCGCCGACGCGGCCCGCACCACGCUCUGCCACUGCCACAGCUGCCGGCGCGCCUUCGGCGCCAACUACGGCCUAACAGCCAAGGUGCCUGUGAACGCUUUCCAGUAUGAGGAGGGGAGCGAGCCGCCGAAGAGGUAUAAGCAGGAGAAUGGGGUGACGAGGGAGUUUUGCGGGGCGUGUGGCGCUUUUGUGUGCGAGUUUGGGAUGUGUUUCACAAAAAGGAGAUAA